UUUACAUGUAUAUUAUACGUGUUGGUGUACCGUACGCCAAAACUAAUUUUGAUCAAAGUGUUAUUUUUUAAAAUUGUUUUACGCCCAAGAGCUCAUAGGCCUAUACACACUUUGGAGUUGAGUCACUGAAAGAGUUUGACGUUCCGUUGGUGUAUGGGUAGUGAAGUUCCAACACACCGCACGGUUAUUUUUUCGCGAAAAGCGGCGCAACAAAAGGUCUCUACUUCUAGAGCAGGAAGGGCAGACAAACACACUUCUCUGCUGUGGUGUGGUGAAAAUUAAGGGCAGAGGUCAUCAUGGUGAGGAAGGCAGGACCUACCAAUGUUAUCAAGGUGAAGCAGGAGCCUGUGGAUCCCCAAGACGCCAUCAUCAAUGAUUACGACCUGGUGACAUUUUCGGUUCGGGAGCUGAACCGGCGGCUGCGCGGUCUGAGCAAGGAGCAGGUGGUCCUGCUGAAGCAGCGGCGACGGACCCUAAAGAACCGGGGCUACGCGGCCAACUGCCGGGAGAAGCGUGUGACACAGAAGGAGACGCUAGAGGAGGAGCAGACGCGGCUGCACGACGAGGUGCGAGCGCUGAGCCACCAGAACCAGCUCCAGCGGCAAAAGCUGGAGGAGGUCCAGUCCAAGUACCAGUCCUUGCUAAAGUUUGCUGAGAAGGCCAGCCUGCAGGUGAAGGUAGUGACCAGCCUGCCCGUCACAGCUGCAACGAGCACUCCCAGCUCCAGCCAGAUGGAGAGCCCAUCACCAGUGGCCCAGACGAGCCAGCCUUCCACCUCCAAAACCAAAACUGAGCAUUAGCCCUCAAGAGAAGUCAAGGUACCAUACUGGCCUGACGUAACAUUAUAUCCAUGUGGGCAUAUUUAUACUGUACAAUGUAGGUAUCUUUACAAGAGUAUUUCUCAUUAUUUUGGAAAAGUAAUGAGGAAGCAUUUGGAGCAUUUUAAAACUCAGAACAUUUCAUUCGGAGCUAAGUGCAUUAUGGGAGGGAUCCAAUAUGUUUCCAGGUUAAUGCUUCGUUCAGGAAUUAUAUCUAAACCUCCUUCUUGUUUAGGCGUAAAAUUUCAACAACUUGGAUGCCCUGUUUUUCAAUUCAGGCAACUUUGAACACACAAAUUUUGAACGUGAGCUGGCUUCUAGGAUAAGGAAUGAAACAGCUGCCCAGCUGGGAAAAUGAACAACUCACAGUGGCAAGUAAACAACUUUUGGUCACAUCACGAAUUCUUUCAUGUAGAGAUUAAUACUAAACCAGGUGGGUUUUGUAAGAUAAAUUGUGUACACAGGCAAAGGCCUUCUUGUAUACAUGGAAAUAUUAUAUGACUGUUGUGGAACAGUUGCAUCUUAAAAACAUUAAUAGCAUACUGCACUUAUUCAAAAUGCAUGGCAAAAAAACAUAAUGGCAUGUUUUAUGGUCAAGGGAAUUUGUUUUAUUUAUUUCCAUUAUGUUAGCAUAUCCAUUAACAACUGCAAGCAUUUUGUAGAUUGUGGUCACGAAACAAGUUACAAGGAUGUAUAUGCAAUAUGAGCAGCUCAAAUGUCAAAACCAAUGCUGUUUACAAAAGUUUUGAACUUGAUGUUUUGCAUGUUAAAGUGACAGAAAUGCACCCCAUCAUUCAUAUAAAUAUGUGCAUGGCUUGCAAGCAUAAUCAAAGACCAGCUCAGGAUAUGACACCUAAGUUGAAGGCAAGGGACACCGUCAGUGUCCAAGUACACAUUUAUGCGUGUAACAGUUCAUGAAAAUAAAUAGUCACAAAGUCAGAACAUGUUUUAAAAUUUGGGAUCUGCCAAUAAUUUCUCUCAACGGUUUAUUUUAUGUUUUUUUCAAACCCAUCUUUAGCCAUGUUAUGGUAUUUUCCUCUUGUAAGAAGUCACAAAAUACAUGUAUGAAGAUUGCUGCACACAUGGCACAUUAAGCUUAAGAUGGCAGACAGCCAUCCAAUGCUAGCCCUUUAAGACCAGCCAUGUAGCGGGUCUUCAACCAAUUGGAAUGGUUAAACUAUUUUACAUACAUACAUUUAUAAAUGUAACUUAAAAUACGCAUAGCUCUGUGCGCCGACUUUUUUAAAUGGAAGGUGAAUGCUGACAAAUUUAUGCUUUAUGCAAAUCAAAGUGAAUUUUACAUGUAUAUCCGGAAAUACUUGCAGCAGCUUUUUUGCAACUUUUUGCAAAUUUGCCCCAACUUUGUGCAUGCAUUUUCGGCUGAUUUGACAGAUUAUUUGUAGUACCACAAUUAAUGGUGUAAUUUGAUUGGUCUCAAAUUCUAGGGUCCCAGCCCAGGAAGAACUUUGUUUCACACUGAAAGGAUAUACAUGUAUGCCAAGUGUCAAUUGGGAGUGCUUAAAAAAGCACAUUAAAAAUGUCCCCCUUGGAAUGCAGCGUUUUCCACUGGAAAUAAUUCACUUCCCGUCCUACUUGAGAACAGCCUAUUUAUUCAGGGACAUAACAGGAUAAGGACGCAUUCCAAUCUAGAAUGCUUUGUUACCACCCAAAAGGACAGGUCAGGGCCAAAUUUUCUUAAGCACAGAAUUCUAUGAUUUUGAGAACCAUUCUGUGCAUAGAGCCAAAGCAAAGAACAUAGUGUGGCACUCUGCUAGCACAGAGUCCCAAAUAAUGAGAUGCACCACUAUGCACAGAGCUGCUUAGUGGAAAAUCUUGCUUUAUGUGCAAAGCAGUAAUUACCAGGGCUCCAGUCACAGGUAUUAGUAGUACACAUGCCACAAUUUGUAAGCCGGCUACCCAUUUUGGCCGAGAAAUAUUCUCCUUGCUAAGCAGUACAGUUCCACGGAAAAUGCACCCAUAGGCAUCAACCAGAAUUCCAGGCUAACCUGUGAAGUACGCUAACCAGUAGCACGGACCAUUGCUUCCAAGUUAAGCACCAACCUGUCAUGGUUGAAGGCAAAGGCACAUAAUUGGAUACACUGCUUGUGGAUGGAGUGCACAGCUUACUGAUUUUGACAUUGGAGACAAAUUAGGUAACAUUUGCUUAAACUUUGAAGGAUUUUAAGCCUCUAUGAGACUUUGGAAGCUUGUUCAAUUGAGUUUAACAGUGUGGGCAAAGGAAGACAUCUGAUAAUGUAUUUUGCCAUAGUAAGUAGAAAUUCUUCUGUAAUAGCCAUGACAUUUGGCCCUUAUUGCAUCAGUAACUUUCCAUGAUGAAUACCUGUAUUACUACAGAAAAUGAAUGUAUAGUCAAGGUUGCAUGCUAUUUUUGAGGGCAGGGUUUAGCUCAUUAGUGUGUAAUGUACAUGUAGAUUGUUUUCAUUUGUAUAAAAUGUUCAGGAAUUGUCAGAUACAAAUUCAUUCUCAGAGGAACUGUAAAUAUAUAUGGAGGAUAGUGCAUUGCUCGACUAUUGUUUACAAUCGUGGUAAAAUCAACAACCAUAAUUGUGGGCGUCACCAGGUCAAGUUUUGGGAGGGGCAGGGCAGAUAGCCCAUCAGCGGCAAACUGAUAAACCAUUAAGUUCUGAGGUGUUCAAGCAUACAUGUACUAGUAUCUCAUCAAAAAUCAGCAUCUUUGUUACAGAGGAUCAUGCUUACAUGUUCCUGUACUUGAAGUUGCACUGUUAACCCACUCCCGUGACUGCUGGCUAUUUUUCCUGUGUGCCGUUGUGUUGUAAUCAAGACCCUACAAGACCAUCACAAGACUUCAAAUCUCAACUCAAGUCACGUGCUGUUCAAAUGAACUGCAAUAGAAGCGUUGCUUUGUUGUUGUUCACCCUGUGAUACUUGGGGUUGGUCUUGUUGUUUUUAAUUGGUCUUGGAUUGGUCUUGUGACUUGUCCUGUGACUGGUCACGUGACUGGUCUCAAUAGCACUGCUGUAGGAAGUCCAUGCAUGUACAUGUACAUUACAAAGAGUUUUUAUCAAUAUAUUUAAUUUCACCAUCCUGGUCUAGCAAUGAACUGACCCACUGUCUAGAUUUUGCUUCCAUCAGCUUCCUGAAGCUUUGAUGUGAGACACCUGUCGAUGAGGAAUCGCUCAACCUAUUUGCCACCUUCUAUACAGAAAUCACUUUCAUGGGUUCUAAGAGUGGAAGAUCAUUCAUAUGUGUCCACAAGGUCAGCUGACUUGACAGCUGUGUCAGUGUCUCUAAUCCAACUCAUCUUUUAUAAGCAAUUUUGUGCACAUGUACAUGUCUUUAUGUGAAGUGGAUUUGUAACAUAAGAUGCCAUAUAUUGAAAGAAUCAGAAAUUAAAGUAGAAAAGAUA